UUCCACUGUUGUCCAUCGUGUAAUAACGUGCGAUUUCUUUACUCUCUCUCUCUCUCUCUCUGUGUAAGGUUUUCAGCAUUUGUUACAUGCUCUCUCCAUCUCUAUCUCUAUCUCUGUCCACUUUAUCUGAGCCCUCUUCUUGGGAAAGAAAGUUAGGUCUGGUCUUUUUCCAAGCUCAGUUCAGGUUACUUCAUAAGAUUAGGACUUCUCUCUUUCUCUCUCUUUCUGUAACUAGGAUUUUUCGAACUUGGAGUCACUGUAAUGGGUGCUUCAAAAUCAAACCUCACUUGGGUUUUAUUCUGCAUCUACUGUAGUCUCUCUUGAAUUUCGAGCUUUUUUUUAAUGGGGUCUUGUUGCUGCUAGUUAGUAACUGAAACUUCCUCUUCACCUCUCUCUCUCCUUGGUUUUACUGUUUAGAGUUUAGAUCGUGCAUCUUAUUCCUAAUACUAGCUGUAUUUUUUAGCUUUAGAAGAACGAGAAAUGGAAGAAGAUGACAAGUAGUACUAACUGUAUUUUUCUUUGCUAAUUCUCUCUCUCUUAUCGGAUUCUUGGGUUUGGAGUUGUUCUUAUCAGCUGCUCUUUAGUCUUUCGUGCUUGAAGAGAUUUUGUCCGAGUCUUUUGAUGAUAUAUAUGCCUGAAGAUAUUGCCCAUCUUAGUGGCUUGCUAGCUUAUCAUCACCAGGUUAAAGAUCUCUUGAAAAAGCUCAUCAGCUUAUUUCAAGAUUCCAGAUUGAUACUUUUAGGACUGUCUUCUGCGCUGUAAACAUCCAUGGAGGAUUUGUAUAGGCUUGAUCCUACUAUUUCUUGUUCGGAAAAUAUUGUAGCAGUUCAAAACUUCCCUGCAAACUUCACUGCUUCUUCUUCUUCUCCUUCUACUACUACUGCUGCCACUCAUGACUUUCACACUUCGGUUGGUAAUUUACUUCAAUUUCAAGCGGGUGGUCAUGCCCAAGUUUUUGAAUCAAAUAGGGUUGAUCUAAUCAAGACCCAGAUCGCCAAUCACCCUCGUUAUCCAGACCUAGUAUCUGCUUACAUAGAAUGCCAAAAGGUUGGUGCACCACCAGAAAUGGCGUCUCUUCUUGAAGAAAUAGGCGGGGACAAGUAUUCAAUCAAGAGUUGCUGCAGCGAUGUAGGAGCUGAUCCAGAACUUGACGAGUUCAUGGAAUCGUACUGUGAGGUACUCCAUAGAUACAAGGAGGAGCUAUCCAGGCCGUUCGAUGAGGCGACUACAUUCUUGAGCAACAUAGAAUUACAACUGAGUAAUCUUUGUAAAGGAACACUGACAAAAACCUUUGAUUAUUAUGCCUCUGAUGAAGCCGCAGGAACUUCAGACGAGGAGUUGAGUUGUGGCGAGGUUGAAGCGUCAGAAAGUCAAGAAUCUUCAGGUGGUGGCCGGCCUUGUGAUGAAGAUCUUAAAGGAAUGCUCUUGCGCAAGUACAGUGGUUAUCUUAGCAAUUUAAGAAAGGAAUUCUCAAAGAAAAGAAAGAAAGGCAAGCUACCAAAGGAUGCGAGGAUGAUUCUUUUGGACUGGUGGAAUAAUCAUUAUAGAUGGCCAUAUCCUACGGAAGAGGAGAAGGUGAAGUUAUCAGAGAUUACUGGACUAGAUCAAAAGCAGAUCAACAACUGGUUCAUCAACCAGCGGAAACGGCAUUGGAAACCAUCUGAAGAUAUGAGAUUUGCUUUCGUGGAAAGUGUCAGCAGCAGCAUGGGAGGGCAUUCCUACUUUGAUACAGAAGGUGGAGCUAGAGGGGACUGAUAUUUCAUACAUGAAGGCUUUGGUUUUAAUUAAACUAUCUUCAUCUUCUACUUAAAUUAUUAAUUAAAGUUAUCUUCAAUUUUUUUUUUUAAUUUUUAAUGUUUAUGCAACUUGCAUACAUGUAAAGUUAGCUAGUUCAAGUCAUAUGCCACCAAAAUCAUUUGGUUCCAUUUUUUUAAAA